AUGUCAGCGAAAAAGAAGAAGGUCGAUGCAAAAGGUUCCCCCCUGCAAUUAGAGGGAAAGCUGCGGUCUUUCAGGAAGUUGUAUGGAGCUGCCUCACUGGAGCAAGAGAAGCAGAAGCUGCUGCAAAGGUUUCAGGACAGGAAAGACCGUGCUCUGAGCAGUGGAAAUGGGGCCCCAGCCAGUAGAAACAGACCUGAGACAGCCUCAAUGCACAGGAGCUUUCUUACUGGAGCCAAGGCCGGGAAAGGGGGCUCGCUCAGGCAAAGGGGAGAAAGGGAGUGGGACCAACUCCCAAAGCGGCCGCAGACAGCGUGGGGGUUUGCCGGCAUGUCAGGGAUGAAUCGGAGGCUGCAUGCAGAAAGGACUGUUUCCUGGCAGGAUGAUGCAGCUUCUCCUUGUGGGAGCGACACUGAGAGAAGCUGCCUUAGUUGGGACACCGAGGAACUGGGGAGGGUGUCAAGCCUAGGAUUGAGGAGCGAAGGUGCAUCAAAUUACUCUGAAACUAGAGCCAGUGCUGGAGAGGUGGUUCCAGACUCUGAUGGGGAGAAUGACGUGGAGGUGGUGGGCCGGGGGCACAAGGGAGGGCAGGGUCAGUCCGCAAGGGAUGUUGGUGAAAGCACUUUGAGUUUUGAUCGUUCAGACCCUGAACAUAGAGAAGAAGCGGUUCUCGAUGAGAGCAGAGCUUACUUUGGUCAGGUCCUGGAGGGUCGAGAAGAGUCUAGUGAAGUCGCAGCUGAGCACUUUGGCGACGAUGAGGACUGCGACGUCGUCAUCGGCGGUCUGUGCUCGGUGGUAGAGUCAGAAGAGGACGAGCCAACAGUGAGUGCGGGUUGGUCAGAGAACGCAUUCCAGUCAGAAACUCAGCUGCACGAAGCUCGGUCGCAAGCUCCUGACGGCUGUUCCACCGAAGGGGAAGCAGGAUCCCGCAGGUUGUCAGGGGCUACAGCGGAGCCGACAACCCCAAUGGCCGCACGAUUGCAGUCGCAGAGUGGCUGUGAGAUGACGAGCUCUCAAGCGGAGGCGAGCCAUCCCGGAGAGUCCGAAAGUUCCCUGGCUCCGGAGGCUUCGUUUGACCGAGUCCGGCCAUCGUCCUCCUCGGCAAACCUCCGAUAUCCUAGCCAAGUCGGUCUGAGUGCUUCCGCCCAAUUCUCGAGCGACAAGUGGCAGCUUCACAGUCGGCCAGGGAGAGCGUUUUCGGCCCCGAGUAGCAGGAGCGCCUCGCCGUCGAUGCAAGGAGCGAGGAUUGAAGUGCGGUCAAGGGUGGCGUUUUCGUGCCAACAGUACGAGCUGUACCGAGAUGGAGUGGUUGUACCAAGAGCAAGGAUGAUCUCGCGACCGGAGCCGAGCAAGACGACGGUGGAGCAGCUGAAGGAGUGGCGGCAGAGCGAGCGGGUCCGCGUCUGGUGGUACCGCCACCAGAAGACGGUGCUGCGGCAGAGGAAGUUGCGCCUCAGAAAGGUGGCGUCGGACGUGCGGUGGAUCCAGGACCGGCGCAAGAAGGAGAAAGCUUGGCACCGCGCGAUGCGCGACGAGAUCCUGCGGCGCGCGGCCGCGGCCGAGCGCGUCAAGCGCGCUUUCCGGACUGUCCUGACCAUGGUCAAGGCGCGGCGCCGCUCUGGGUUGCCGAUGUCCAGCCUCUCUUCUGACGACCACUUCUUCAAGCGCAACAGUUACGCAGCUUCAAAGGAGCCGCCCCGAGCACACUCCGCGAAUCUUCCCUGGGGGCCCAGAACGACCGGAGAAGAGGCCGCACGCCGCAAGUCAAGCGACUGCGAAAGGAGGAGAUCAAGCGACGAGAGGGGCUCUCUGGGAAACGAAGGGGCGGCCGCGGCCUGCCUAGCCGCCGAGCUCGGGACUAUCGUCGAAGAGAACAGGGAUAUGGCGGAGGGUUUGGCGGAGAGUAACGGACAGGGAGGCGCGGCGCCUUCGGAGGCGGCCGCGGCAGCAUCCGCGGGUCGGGAGGGCCGCGCUGCCUCUGCCGAGGGGGGCGAUACGAAAGCGGCAGCGGCCGGGGGGAGUGAAAGGAAAGCGUUGACAAAGAGCAUGUCGAUGGGAGGGCGGCGGAGCAUCUCGGGGGAUAAAGGCGGGCCCCUAGGGCCGGGCAAGAAGAAGGGCGUCGUCUUUGGCGCGCCGGCCGGCCGCCCGAGCGAAGGCGCGCGGCCGGGGAAGCUUGGGGUGCGGGGUUCAAAGGAUACAAGGGGAUAUUCCCCGGGUUAUGGCCCGGGAAGUCCCAGUGUGAAUAAGGGCGCUGGCAAGGCAGGGUGGCUGGUGCCGCUCUACAAGUCGAGCAGCUUUGUGCCCAUGUUUGACGUGCCGCAGGAGGGCCCGCUGCUGACGUCAAGGAAAACGCGAGGGCUGAGGAUUGGGUCGACAUGA